AACAAAUCCAAACCCAUUGGUAACAAGAGCAAAUUACCACUUCCUCCUGGCCCAAAACCAUGGCCGAUAGUUGGAAAUCUCCCCGAAAUGCUCUCAAACAAACCAUAUCCCCCAUGGAUACACAACCUUAUGGAUGAAAUGAACACUGAAAUAGCUUGUAUUCGUCUAGGAAACGUUCAUGUUAUUACAGUUACUAGUCCUGAAUUGGGACGAGAGUUCUUGAAGAAUCAAGAUGCUAUUUUUCUCAUCUAG